AUGCCUUCCGCUGGGUACCGUGGCUUCUGGCUGACGGACCUACGGCUGCAGCGGGCAAACAACUGGCUGGUGAACUACUGCUCGGAGGACGGACCAUGGUGUUUAUCGCGCCGCCCUGCCGGAGGAGGAGAAGGUGGUCGAGACAGGUCGGGUACUGCGUUCCGGGAGUUCCCUCUGUCCCAGUGGGUAAGGACGAGGGCACAGGAUGUUGGUGGGGAAGAUUGUUUCUGCUGUCCUCCAGGUGGUUUGAGGAUCGUUGAUCGAGCUUGGCCGACCCCGAGUUGCCCGUGCGAGGAAAAUUCAGUUCCAGGAAAGCUGUCGCCUUCGAGAUCUGUUGACAGUGGACUCAAUGAGUUCGCAACGCCUCUCAAAGCAAGGUACCUGGCGCCCACCGACGAGUGGGGCAGGACGCCCGACCGCACGCCCCGCUCCUCGCGCAAGGUGUUCGGGAGCAUCGAGAAGAGCCUGGACAAGAUGCGGAACAUGCUCACGCCCCGGAGGAGGAUCAACUCCGACCAGGGACCCGCGACGGUGGAGAGCAAGAACCUGUACAACGUGAGCACGACGGCCAGCAAGAACCCUGACCAGGUGCUGAACGACCUGCGGAGGGCGCUUCUCAACAAGGGCAUCCUGUGCAACCAGAAGGGAUACACGCUACGAGGCAAGGUGCGGGACGACGUCGGCGGCGCCAAGCUGAGCUUCGAGUUGGAGGUGUGCCGCGUGCCCCGCCUCGACGUGGUGGGCAUCCGGCGCAAGCGACUCAAGGGCGACGCCUGGAUCUACAAGCGGGUGUGCGAGGAGGUCCUCCGACUGGCGCAGGGCUCCACCUCCAACCCCGCCUCGUCCUCCAACCCCAGCUCGGCCUCCAAUACCCCGGCGACUCCCGCGCCGCCUUUGCCUUACAACGAGAAGGUCGUGGCGUGACCUGGCGGGGGCGGCGGCGUCGAUUGGGGGGGAGGGGGAGGGCAAGGGCAUAGGCGAAGGUCACUGGGAGUCGCGGCGACCUGACCUGACCCUGGGGACCGAGAGGAAAGAGGAGUGUGUCUGCGUGCGUGCUUGUGACUUGGCGGAAAGCGAGAGAGAAGAGAAGAGGACGAAGCGAAAGUUCUCGUGAGGUGUUAGUCCUGCGACUGUCUUUAUUAUUAUUAUUAUUAUUUUUUUUAAGGCGGAGAAAGAAGACUGUCGGAAGGGGUGUGGCGAAAGGGCUCUUUUUUUUACAUGUAUAUAUAUAUAUAUACAUACGAUGCAUCUCGUGGCGUCGUAAUUGUGCUCAAGGUAGCUAGGUGUACCCAGUGUUGAGGAAGAGAGCGGGAGAGACGAAGACGAGAAGGACGACGACGAAGAGAGCGGGAGAGACGAAGACGAAGAUAAAAGGAAGAAAGGAAGGCGAAAGGAGGAGAAGGACGGCGACGAAGUUUAGGAAGACGAGAGGAAGAGGAAGAGGAGGAAGGGACGAGGAGGACGCCAUCGUCCCGCUUGUCCGAUCCGUCCCUCAAGUGAAGGAAGGAAGUCCCCGUCUCAAGGUCGACCUUAAGGCUACCCUGGAACUGAAGUCUUGCCCAAGAAGGUCUCUCGAUGGACCAGCUACUCCGUCCUCGGUCUCACUUUUGAGGUCUGUUUUCUCUCGGGUCUCUCUUUCUCUCCCUUUAACAUAUUAUCUCUUGCCUCUCGUCUCGCAGGUUGAGGAGAAUGGAUUGGGGAUGUAAAAGGGGGAAAGGAGAGAAGAAAGAGUAGAGAGGAAAGAGGAAAAGGAAACGGAAGGAGGGAAAGAGAGGGAAGAGGGAUAGAGCCAAAGAAAGAGAGAGAGAGAGAGACAAAAAAGGUCUCGACAAAAGGCAAUAAUAAUGAAAGGUGUGAUAACCUCCCCCUCCCCUCCCCUUCCUUUCCCUUCCCAUAUCUCUCCCUCCCCCCCCUCAACAUCCCCUUCUCUGCCAUUCUCGCAAUUUUUUUUUUAUCUGCAAUGAGAAACUGACGAUAAAAAAGGGGCCAAAAAAAAAAAACAGACCACAGAUAAUUAAUUUUGGUUAGUGAGUGUGUCUGCAACUUCAUGUAAUUUUGACUGUCUCUUUUUUUUGUAUAUCUUUCCUUGUUUUGUUUUGCUUUCUAAUAUGUCUUAGUUAAUCUGUAAUCUACAACCUUCUAUUAUUUUUUAUGAUCAUUAUUAUUAUUAUUAUUAAGGGUUUUUUAAGUUAUUCCUGCGAUUCCUGUAAUAUUAUAUAGAUUUAUAUAUAUAAAUGCAAAUAUGUAUGCUAGUGAUUGCCCUUUCCUCGUCGUAACUCCUUAGAAGGAAGUGACGUCACAAAAUGAUGUCACGAGUCAAGAGGGAGACAGACAGACAAAGGAAAGGAAAGAAAACGCACGGAUUCUGCUCACACUUGUAACAUCACAUUCACUAAGGCUUCUGGUCAGCUGUUUUUCAUGGUCAGAUGUUUAGGCCUAUAUUUGUAUAUACAGAUGGACCAGUUGCACAUUUUCUUAUUAUUAUUGCUACUACUUGUGAUCCUUUUGUUAUUGUCAUUAAUUUUACUUGUUUAUCAUUAUCAUUUACCAUAGUUCUUCGAUACUACCAUCAUUAUUACUAUUUUGUUAUUAUUAUUAUUAUUAUUAUUAUAUAUUUUUUUCUCAAUAUCACUGGAGUCGAAUAUGGAUAUUUAUAACGGGUGUCUUUACUACUAAUACUUAAUUGAUAGAAAAGUGAAUAUAUUCUUAUAUUAUCCUUCAUAAUUAUAGAAAAAAACGUACUUACUAACUCAAGUGUCGGUGCCAAGGAUGUAUUUUAUCAUUAUUAAUAAUGAACAUUAUGAGUGUGUUAUUCCAGAGGCACUGGUUAUGUGCAUUGCCCAGUCCAUACAGUGCCAAAUAUGGCGAUUGCGAAUUUCUCUUCUCCUCCUUUUUAGAUAUUCAUUUUAUUCAGACAUCAACCACGUGUGUUCUUCAUUAUUUUUAGACCUCCGUAAUCUAAUUUAGUUUGAUAUCCAUUCAGGACUGUUGAAAUCACAGGAUUUAUUAUGAUCCCUAACAAUCAGACGACCUUACAACAAUCUGUAUUAUAGAGUGCCUUUUUUUUUUAAUUUUACCAAUUUAUUCAGCAAGAGUCUCUUUUUUUGUCGUGAGAUCUUGUUUCAAAUGGAAGAGUUACUCACAUACAAAGUAAUUUGUUUACCAGUCAUGUAUAUCAUUUCCCAAUAAAUAGUUUUAUAAUAA